AUGUCAAAUUUAGAAAUACUCAAUUUAUCUCUUUCGAUUUUAGUUAAAGAAACAUUCAUUGAUGGACAUAAUUUGAAGAAUAAAAUUAUUAAUCAUAUGUCACAAUUAAAUAAAUUCACAUUUAAUAUUUGUUCGGUUAUGAGAAUUAAUAAUCAAAUAAUUUUACUAUCAAAAGAAGAUAUUCAAAAUACAUUCAAAGAUUUUCAAUAUACACAAAUGAUAUGUUAUAUGGAUCAUUUUCGAAAGAGAAAAGAAUGUCAAUGUCAUGUAUAUACAUAUCCAUCUCAAAUGUCAUAUUAUCAAUAUUUAUCAAAUCAAUUUCCAGGUGGAUAUUAUUCAUAUGUUCGUUUUGUAUCAUUAUAUGAUGAAUAUCCUUUUGAACAUGAAUUUUUUCUUCAAAUAGCUCAAUCAUUUCCAUUUAUAGAAAAAUUAGUUUUAAUUAAUCGUGAACCACAACAACACAAACAAUCUUACAAAUCUAUGAAUGAUAAUUGUCAUUUAUCAAUUGUUGAAUAUUCUCAUCUUAUUGAGCUUAACAUUGAACAGAUUCAUGAUGAUUAUGUUGAAGAAUUUCUAUGUGAUACAAAAACAUGUUUUCGAAAGAAUAUUCGUCUUGGUAUUGUUGAUAAAACUUUGUUAAGAGUAACAAAACAUUUUACAAGAAAAGAUACUCGAAGGAAUUGUAUCAAGGUAGACAGUUUAUUACCGUGGAGUGAUUGGAGAUCUUUGAAAUCUUUUCAAGAAUAUUUUCCUUCUGUAAAAAGAACUGAUUAUAUUUGUUCGUUUUUUACGUAA